UAAAACCAUAUUCAAAUUGGUGCAGUCCAAUUCAACAGCUAAAGAGGGUGGCCAAUUAUUUUUUUUUUCAAACCUACUUUCACCAAAUUCCAGACUCAGGAAUCUCUGGUUGUUGCCUCCUGCUCUCUCUCAACUCAUCUUCUUUGUCCAUCCAUCUGUAAUUCGUUUCUUUCUCUCUCCAUCUCUAACAAGGCAGAACUCAUUUCCUUACUGAGCUGAAACUCUUGACCAUCAGAAAGGAAUCCCACCGCCCUCUUACCACGUUGCUUUUCUCUCUCUGUCUCUCUCUCUCUCUCUCUGAAACUCUUGACCAUCAGAAAGGAAUCCCACUGCCCUCUAACCGCGUUGCGUCUCUCGCUCUCUCCACAGUUUAUUCUGAGAUUCCUUUUAAGAUGGUUCAGCACAGAAAGGCAGGCCACCCAAGCAUCCAAACUGUGAAGAUCUCUGUUAAAACAGACAAGGAACUCAACAUAACCAGGCCAUCACCAAUAAUGAGAGGAGGAAACGAUCUUAUGAAGAAGAAGAGGAAGACGAGGUCUCUGAAAGUCUACGAGGUCUUGCAGAGCUUUAAACCCAGUCCAAAGAGCAGACCUGAUGGGUCACCCAAUUACAUGAAGCCGACAACCAGCUCUGAUGCGAGGAGAGAAAAUUCACAGGUAUGGCAACAAUCCCAAACUCCAGAAAAAAACCAUAAUCAGACGAAACCAAUUUCUUCAAAUAACUCUCCUAAGAAAAUUAGCAAGCAUGGGUCAGAUCCUUCAAGCUCAAAAUUGAAACCCACUAGACCAUUGAAGAGAACCUCAAGUUUGAAACCCAUGAGGCCUUCCAUGAAGACAUCUGGUGUUCCGCUUUACCCUAAGCCAAAUAUCAAUAGGUCUACCUGCUCUUCAACUUUGAAGGAUUCCAAGUUCCCAACCUAUGUUGCUCUUCAUCCCGGGGGCACCGAAUCGGAAGGGACCUCAGUUUUUAAGGUCUGCCCCUAUACUUACUGCUCUCUAAAUGGUCACCACCAUGACCCUCUGCCUCCAUUAAAGCAGUUUCUAUCGGCUAGGAGGCGUUUGCUUAGGACACAAAAGAGCUUAAAAUCAAAGAGGCCAUCAUCUUCAAAUAGGCCAAAGUACUUUGGACAGAAGGGUAAGAAAGGAGUCGAUACAGGCCAGAGGUUCCUUAAUGAAGGUCUUCUUGAUGAGACUGGCUCUAUUGAGCCUCCACAAGGUUUAGAGGAACUCCUGAAAGGACCAGUGGAAGAUGUAAAUGAUUUCUUUGUCGAAAUCUAUGAGAGUCCGGUACCAGGCCACAACAGUAAUUAUGGUAGCACCACAAAUGAAGAAAGUCACAAUUUCAGUAAAGAAUCAGCCCUUGUUACUGAAAAUGAGUUAGGCAGACCCAACACAAGCUUGGAAACAGAAACCAAAAGAGAGAAUGAAACCCAAAUUGAGGAGUCUUACUCUGAGAAAGGCUUGGAAGAAAUCCAAAUUGAGGAACUUUAUUCUGAGACGAGCUUGGAUGACAGUCUACAUCAAAAUGGUGAUCUUUAUUUUAUUGAAGAUGAUUCAAUACCUGUCACAGAAUACAUCAAGAACAAUGACGAAGAAAAGGAUCAUGAUUUUGAUGGAAUGCCCAAUUAUCCACUCGAUUGGGCAGAGAUAAGUUCCAAAGGUUGGGAAGAAAUUGAUCCAGGGGAAUAUAGUGAACAAGUUUCAGAGACAAAUGAUGAAUCCAUCCCUGAGGGGUAUGCCGAGAACAUGUAUGAUUACCUGCUGGAGGAAUUUGUGUCUCAAGUGUCUACCAUGGAUUGGGAGAAGCAAAGCAAUGAAGAACUUGAUCAUGGAACUGAUAGCUUAACUUACAGUCACAAUGGAGCUGAUACAGCGAUGUUCUCUUUGUUACCAGAGAAAAAAGAGCCCACAUUUUCAGAUGAACCCAUAAUUGAACCAGAUGACCUUGCCAAAUCCAGCAGUGCUGCACCACUACAAACCGAAGUCCACUGUCUAACAGACCGAGAUUAUGAUUUAUCAGAUGAUCCCAUCUCUGAACCCACUGAUCCAGCAGAAAUCUCUGUUCCAUCUUUCAUUGACACCGAAACCCUGCACGAUAAAUGCACUGAUGAUCCAAAAGCCUACAAAAUAGCAGGACCAACUCAGAUAAUUGAUUUACCAAGCAGCCACUAUUGUAAAGAUGCAUUGGAUGGUUCAGAAGAGCGAAUUCAGGUUCAACCAGCUGAAUUUGAAGACCUGCAAAGUCAUGAAAAGAUUGAAGUGGAUGAAGAACCCAAGGGUGUCAAUGGUGAUGAGUUAGAGAUGGAUAAGGAUGGAGAUACAGAAGGUUACAGCAUUGAAGAGAUAAGUCCAGAUAUGAAUGAAGAAGAAGCGCUGACACCUGAAGAUUUGGAAAGAGGCCAUGGAAAGAUCAAGGUUGAUGAAGAACCCAUAGGUGCCAAUGGUGGCAAACUAGAAAUAUGUGAGGUUGGAGUUAUUGAAAGUUUCAGCACGGAAGAUAUAUGUCUUGAUAUGGAAGAAGAAGAGAUAACAACUGGCAAACAAUUGCAAAUUGAUAAUGACUUGUUCGGACACCCUCCGUGUUAUUCUCUUCAAGGAAACCCAGAAGACAAGGGUGCAGGCCAAUCCAGACAAGAUCAUAUUGAACAUUCCAAUCCCAUGUAUGAGAGUGAAGCAUCUCUGGUUGCACUUGCAGAGGAAUAUGGCCCAGACCGUACUCACCUAGAUAUGGAGUCUCAUGAGUACAAUGCAACAGGAGAUGAAAGCAAAGAUGUUCGUUGUGAUGUGGAGUCAAUAGAUGUAUCAGUAACCAAUCAAGACUUGAACAAUGAAGAUAUCAGUAGGGCCCCACCUACCGAACAAUCAGUAGAGGUUCAUGAAGAGUUUCACAACCACCCAAGUCCUUCAUCAACAGAUGAAACCAAUCCUGAAGAUGGGUACAGCUCAUUACAAGAAUAUAAAAAAAGUGAGAGAAGCAAAUCCCCUUCUUUUGCCCAAGAGAAUCCUGAAAGAGAUGCAAAGAAGCAAAGAGAAGAAGAUGAAACACAGCCCGAUUACUUUGAAGCAAAUGCACACCGUGAAGCAGAAGAUGAAGAAAAUGCCACAACCACUAAGACACGCAUCUUUGCUGGUGAACUUAAUCAUCAGAAGGAAAAAACCAAUAUCUUGGGAAAAAAGCAGGACAACACGGACACUUGGGAUGAAGAAAGAAAAUUCAACCCAAGAAGACGAGCUGACCUCCUAAUUGAGCCCGACCCAGAAGCUGAGAAAGUAGAUCUCAGGCAUCAGGAAAUGGAUGAAAGAAAAGAUGCUGAGGAGUGGAUGUUGGACUACGCACUAAGACAGGCAGUCACAAGACUGGCUCCUGUCAGACCCCGAAGGGUUUCCCUACUCAUCGAGGCCUUUGAAACAGUUAUGCCACCAAAACCAAAGUGUGAACCACGCAUACACCAUGGUGCACCACACUUCACCCAUGCACCAGCCAUGCAAGCAUGCAGCUGAUAUCUAUCAGGCUACAGGCAGUUUAAGCAACAGCAUGAUUACAGAAGCACAGUACACAGAACAAUAUGAUGGUUCUCCAUGAUUUUACAUAAGGGAGCUGGAUUUUAGAGUAGAUUAGGCUCUACAUAAGCUUGUUCAGUAGUAGUCUUAUAGAACUGCUUGUCUUCAUGGAAAUUAGCUUCAUGAUGAACAAUAUUAGAAAGAUUGUGAGUUCAUAUAUGUAAUACUUAGCAACCAUCUGCAUUACCAGGACUUUGUAGCUUAAUAGGAUGGUUGUUCUUGUACUUUGACUUCUGAUAUUAUUGUACUUAUUGUUGCUGCGCUUAGAAAAUAUUUGAAAACAGGCUUGUAUUUACUAUUCC